ACCACCGAGUGAAACAACAGUGUGAAGCGAGGGAGGAAAUAUAGAGUUCAUUGUGGAAAACUAACCAUUCCACGCGUGAUUAUGGAAACAGAUAACAGUGGUGGUCAGUUGCUGUCGUACAAGUCCUGCGGUAAGGGUGGUGGGUGCGGGAGAGUCAUGCACGUGAGUCUCUAUUGUUAUCUUUGUGGGGUUUUAGCACAAACACUACAGUUAGAUAAAAUAUUAUACACGUAUCCCGAGCGUUGGUAAGUAACUUGAGCAACUGCAAAACUUUGAAACUUUGUAUGACUGCAGAUUCACUUUUAAGUGUCAAUAGACGCGUCUUGCAUUGUUCUCAGUCUUCUGUUUUUUGUUUCCUUUGUCGACUGAAUUAAACGACACGAAAUCUCUGCGAAAAAUUUGCAAGCGGUUUCAAGUCGAUUAUUUAUCUUGUUCAUUUUCAUUUCAAGAUUAUUUCUUCAAAAAUGAUGUUGACUCUCAGGCGCAGCUUUUGUUCUCACCGUGGUCCUCGAUCAAUUAGCUUUUCAACGUGGAACAAGAGUUUUCAAAGGAAGACAAAGUCUGACUCAUGUUAUGAGCGUUUUCGUGUUCCUGAAGCUGGAUCAAUGUAUGAAAUGCCGGAAGAACGCGGCGCAGCUUUAUUUAUGGAACAUCUUAUCUUUCGAAGAACAAGAUGCAGAAAGCAGGAACAGUUGGAAUUGGAACUCGAGAAAAUUGGUGGAAAAUUGGCUGCACUGGCUACGAGAGACAUUUUUCUAUUUUAUGGAACGUCACCGUCUUGCGACACUGAGAAAAUCGUUGAACUUCUGGCAGACGUUGUUUUGAACGGUAUCACGUGUGACGAGGAUGUAAUAAAGGAACGUUUUGUGAUUUUGCGUGAACUUGCCGAAAUGGAAACGGAUUACGAAGGAGUAGUUAUGGAUUAUUUGCAAGAUAUUGCUUAUCAGGGUACAGAAUUAUCGAAAAGUAUCUAUCCCGAAAGUUGUAUCAUCAAAAAUUUGUGUGCGGAACACGUAAACAAUUUUCGUGAACGACUGUUUCAACCCUGUUUCAUGACUAUGGUCUCUACUGGUGGCACUUCACUUUGCGAAAUUCAAAGAAUGGCGAGCAAGUAUUUCAUAGGAGUAGAACAAGACAGUGAGCCAAUACCAGGCGAUUGUAGAAUGAAGUAUUUUGCAUCAGGGUCACCAUUCAGAUAUUCAGGAUCUGAAUUAAGGCUUCGAGAUGACGACGAAAAAUUUGCAUGUGUAGCUGUGGCAAUUGAAGGUCCAGGAUAUGCAAAAUGCCAAGAUCACUGCACAUUGACUGUAGCUAAAGAAAUAAUGGGAUCCUGGGACAUGAGUUAUGGUGGCGGCAGUAACAACGCGCCAUAUUUGGCAGUCGAAGCAUUCAAAACUCAUUUGUGUUACUCCUAUAAAUCAUUCAAUUUUGGAUGGGGCUGUACUGGACUUUGGGGAUGUUAUUUUAUUUGUCAUAAAUAUAACUUAGACGAUAUGAUGUUACUGAUCCAAAGCGAAUGGAAGAGGUUAUGUACUACUAUCACCAAAAAGGAAGUCGAACGUGCUGUUAAUCAAUGUCGGACUCAAGAAUUGACAAGAAUAACUAAUUCAGUUGACAGAUUUUUUGACAUUUCACUUUGUCUCUUUCGUCACGGUCGCUACGAGUCUCUCACUGACAGACUCGCGAAAUAUGAGAAUGUCUCUGUCGACAUGAUUCGAAAUGUCGCAAACGAAUAUAUAUACGAUCGAUGCCCUGCAGUCGUAGCCACUGGACCAAUCGAAAAUCUUCCUGACUAUUGGCAAAUACGAGCUGCAAUGCAUUCGCUUCAUCAUUGACAGUGAUGAAUUAGAAAAGAAUAUGUUCCAGGAACG